AUGAAGCUGCAGUUGUUUGCAAAGUAUUUUGUCUUGCCCCUCAAUGCUGAGGGGGUCAAGCCGAUCCUCGAUUCGAAUAGUGAGAUUACGAAAGGAGUGGAUUACCGUUUUAUUGAACCUUGGAUCGGUACUGGACUUUUGACGAGUACUGGCGCAAAAUGGAAAAGUCGCAGAAGGAUGCUUACUCCGACUUUUCACUUCAAAAUGCUCGAUGGAUAUGCAGCUGUUUUUGAUCGGGAAAGCCGAAAACUCUGCACCUACCUCGAAAAAUACGACGGAAAAGAGGUCGACCUGUUCCCGAUCGUAAAGCAUUGCGCUCUGGAUAUUAUCUGCGAAAGUGCUAUGGGAGUCUCGGUAAACGCGCUCGAGAAUGAGAACUGUUCCUACGUGAAAGCCUUAAUGGAUAUGGGAUGGUUGACGCUGGAAUGGGCCUUGAAUCCGAUCAACUGGUUCCCGCCGUUCUGGUACCUAUCCGGACGAAAAUUUAUGUUCGAUCGUGUCGUAAAGGAACUGACAGAUUUUACGAAAGAGGUCAUCAAGCAGCGAAAAGCCGAAUUUGCGAAAGGGGACCGGAAGAAGCUGGGCACCAAACAGACAUUCCUGGAUUUGCUGUUGGAGGCCAACCAGGAAAAUAAUAUGAACGACGAAGACAUACGAGAGGAAGUGGACACUUUUAUGUUUGAAGGACACGACACUACGUCUUCCGGUAUUGCCUGGAUUCUAUGGUCUCUCGCCUGCCACCCGAAAGUUCAGGAAAAAGUCUAUGACGAGAUCAGGCAUUUGAUAAGCGAUGAUACUGACGCCGAGAUUACGAUGGACACCUACAAAAACACGCCCUACUUUGAAACCGUGAUGAAAGAGUCAAAUCGAAUUUUCGCACCGGUACCACUGAUACAACGCGACUUGCAAAAUGAUUUUACUUCAGGAAGGUAUGUUCUGCCUGCCGGCUGCACCAUUUUAAUAGCCCCUGUCGUUAUUCAAAGGAAUCCGAAGGUCUGGGGCCCAGAUGUGUUGGAAUUGAAACCAGAGCGGUUUGAUUUAAAUGCAGAAAAGGAUCAUAAUCCCUAUGAUUAUAUUCCAUUCUCGGCAGGACCAAGGAAUUGUAUAGGUCAACGCUUCGCCCUCCUCGAAGAGAAAGUGAUGGUGAUGCACAUCAUCAAGAACUACAAAAUCCGGGCGACAAUCGGAUUCCACGAAAAUGAGUUGGAAACCGAGAUCGUCACGAAACCACAUCGAGGAAUUCGGGUGGUGCUGGAGAGGCGAGAGGAAAAUGCA